AAAUGCGCAAUAGUGGGGCACGCUCAGUUUUGUGUGGACCAAUCAGGAGCGUCCCAUGGAACGAUCCAAUUAGGAGUGUCCCUGGGUCCCGAGGUUCGGGACCACUUAAGGUCGAGGACGCGGGACAGUGUCCCGCUCGCCCGGCGUCCCGAGACCGCAAGUCUCGGGACCACAGGCCAGUGGGACCGUUGUUAUUAGUUACAUAGUUAGAUAUAUACGAUGACCGU